AUGUUGGACGUUUUAGAUUUCAUUACCGAGCGCGGAGGCGACCCGGAGAAGGUACGGGAGAGCCAGAGGCGGCGGAACGCACCCGUCGAACUGGUCGACGAAGUUAUUACUCUGUGGCAGGAAGCGCGGGCUGAGCAGUACAAAGUUACCCAAAUAAACGCGCAGAUUGGCACCGUUCAGAAGGAGAUUGGUCAGAGGAAAAAGGCUAAGGUGGACGAUAUUUCGGAUCUCCUGCAAAAGAAGGACGAUCUGCAGAAGGAAAAGAAGGCACAGGAGGACCUUGCGGCAGCCAAACAGAAGGAGCUACAAGUCAAGGCCCGGCUCAUUGGCAACUACGUCCAUGAGUCUGUGCCCAUCAGCAGCACCGAGGACGAUAACAAGGUGGAGAGGACCUGGAAGCCCGAAGUUCUCGACCUCGAAAAGAAACCUGGCAAAGGAUUGUCACAUCACGAUGUACUCCUCAAGCUCGGCGGUUACGACCCAGUUCGGGGUGUCAAGCUCGUGGGACAUCGAGGCUAUUGCUUGACGGGCUACGGUUUGUUCCUCAAUAUGGCCUUGAUCAACUAUGGCAUCGAGUUUCUCUUCACUAGAGGUUACACGCCUAACCAGCCGCCGUUCCUUCUGAACCGCGAACAGAUGGCGAAGACGGCUCAACUUUCACAAUUCGACGAAGAACUUUACCGCGUGUCUGAGACCAACGACAACACGACUGACAAGUACCUGAUCGCGACCAGCGAACAGCCCAUCUCCUGCCUUCAUUCCGACGAAUGGCUGCAGCCGAAGGACCUCCCCAUCAAGUACUGCGGAUACAGCACCUGCUUCAGAAAGGAAGCGGGAAGUCAUGGUCGGGAUGCGUGGGGCAUUUUCCGAGUCCAUCAGUUCGAGAAGGUCGAACAAUUCGUUUUUUGCAAGCCCGAAGACAGCUGGAAGUUCUUUGACGAGAUGAUUGGCACCUCGGAAGAUUUCUACAAGUCCCUGGGGCUUCCUUACCAGAUCGUCAGCAUAGUCUCGGGGGCGUUGAACAAUGCUGCGGCCAAGAAGUACGACCUGGAGGCGUGGUUCCCCCACCAGUCCGAAUACAAGGAGCUCGUCUCCUGCUCCAACUGCACCGACUACCAGACGAGGGAACUGGAGAUCCGGUACGGUACUAAGAAGGCAAAGGAGGCACCUGGCAGUGGCAAGAAGGAGUACGUGCAUGCGCUGAACGCCACGUUGUGCGCUACAGAGAGAACGCUCUGCUGUGUCUUGGAGAACUACCAGACAGAGGAGGGCCUGAUUGUUCCGGAAGUUUUGCGGAAGUAUAUUCCUGGACAGCCCGAAUUCCUGCCUUUCGUGCAAUAAUGCCAUACAUAAAGGCUCGGAAGGGAACUGAGGCAGGGUUGCAUGCGACGCGCAUAUGAUAGAGAGAUGCGGCAUGUGAAUGUAGACGCACUGACUAUUAGAGAUGAGAUGCAGUAGAACAGCAGAAGUAUGUGUGACUCUGAGAUGAAUACCAAGACGAGAGGGUUGAACAAAUGCAAAUUCGUC